GACACUCUUUCUGCACCCUUAUCGAUAAACAGAUGAGCCAUGGAUUCAACGUCAUCAUAAUUCAUCUACUCCCCACCUCGACAGCGGGAGCUUUGGGUGGGGUUCUCGGUGUUUUGGGCCCAAGCUCUUAUUCAUUUGUCUUGAAACCAUUGUUUGGAUCUUUCCGUCGUCACUGCUUUUAUUACCAAGAGACUGUUCCGCAAUCUCUGCGCUUUUCUUCGCGGCCCGGACCUUUCCUUCACCAUUUUCUCGUUCGCAAUCGGCCCAAGGCAUUCACUACUUUCAACUACAAGUCUCAAUACGGGCCCCAAUCGUCCACAAGCCAGAAUACCUACCUGAAACCCUUCAAUCUGACCGACCCACUAUCUUCCUUCCAAUAUCGAUCAAACCAAAGGGCUCAAUCAGCGUCAUCAAUCGCAUAUCCAGCAGAUGAGGGUCCCUGAUUUCCACGAUCCAAAGAGCUACCGUGUGCCUUUGACCGUUGGUUGCCAGAUCUCCCAAUUUCCACUCCCGCUAUCGACCGACACGACCAAGAUGAACCCCUAUCUUUAUCACCUCUCUGAAGUCAGCCACAGCAUGGCCUCCAGUCCGUGGGUAGCGGUCUGGAGAUACGAGGCUGAUAACUGGGUCUUGAGGACUCCCUCGACAGACUUGUCAUCAUUCUAUGCGCUUCAUUACUCAACCAAUCCUAGCUGCGAUAGCACCAACCCCAUUUGCCUUCCGAGUCAGUAUUAUGAGCGCAACAACAUCCACUCUACAGGUACACACGGAGAACCAAGCAGUGCGGCCACUUUCCAACCCAUCAUUGUUCAUGGUCAUGAUAACGAAUCCCUUGUGAGACAGUACCACCAAGAACCGGCCCUCCAUCAUCAUCAUCUCAUGCCACCUGCCAGUCAUCCCCACCUCUCGAUGGGCAUUCAACCCGCCCUGUCUCCUGUACCUCGCCCGCCAGGAAUGUCGGCGAAUUACGAAGGAAAUCCCGCCUGCGAGGCGAACUGGUCAGCAGAUAUAGAUGACCACCUGAACACCUCGGUGACCGGGCUGCCAUCCGACAUCGAUACCAAGGGUCUCCUAGGAUGCAUCCGCAAAAUGGGCCGUAUCUGGGCCACGGUCAUUAACUACCCAGACUCUACUCGAUGUCACACUUCUGCCGCAGCGAAAAUUACUUUCUUCGAUGCUCAAUCAGCCCAGCGGUUUCUGGCCUCGUAUGGCGAUGAGAGUCAAGCUGGGGGCUGGCUGGUCAAGGGGAGAAUGGCGCGCGUGAGGCCUAACCGGAUCAGAGUGGCACAGAAAGAGACACCGAGAGAGAAUACAAGGGUUAUUGUUAUCAGUGGGCCGGCGCGCUUUUUGGAGUACGGAAACCUGGAGAGAGUUUUUGUGUCUCACGGGAUUGAGUUUCAGAUGGACGAGGUGGUUGCCCACCGCCAUAAAGUCGAGGGAUGGGCCACUGUAGAGCUUCGCUUUGGUUCUUACCGUGGACAGGCAGCUCAAGUUAUGAUGUUGGUGAAAAGGAAGCUGAGGGCUUUUGGGAUAGGCGCGCGGUAUGGGAGAGAUCCGUGUGGUGAGUGA